GUGACUGAAAGCUCGACAAACCAUACAGAAAUCAAACAUUCUACGACGGACUCUUCGCUUUCCACAUUUGCGAGCACCGACGACAGACAUCACAACUACAAUGGCAGGACCCGAAGUAUCCCACGGCCGUGGCGGCGCCGGCAACAUCAACCCCGACGACACCAAGUACGUUGACGGAGAAGUCGUUAGAGCAGGCUCUGAAGGCAGCCACGGCGAUGGAGCGUUCAGCACCGGUCGCGGAGGCGCAGCAAACAUAGGCGACGCAGGCGUCACCCCCCACCGCCGCGUCGACAAGGACAUCAUCCCCGACGCCGCCAUCCGCCACUCUCAGGAAACGGAGAACUACCACACCGGUCGGGGCGGCGCCGGUAACGAGCGUCACGUUUCUCCGGCUGGUACUGGUAACGGUAGUAGUCACAAGGCUGCCGCGGUGGUGGACAGGGGGACUGCGGGUGGUAUACCUGGUGUUAGUGGUGAUCAUCAUCAUCAUCAUCAUGGUACCCAUGAGAGACAGCACAGUCUGGCGGAUAAGUUGAAGUGGAAGAUUUUUGGGAAGCCAAAGGGGCAUGAGACUGAGGUUUCGCAUGUUGGGGACGGUCCGGGUCACUGAGUGAGGGAUGCCCGAAAGGAUGGGGUGGAGAUUCGGCUCGGCGCUCGGCAUGCGGGGGGUGGGCUGAGCUGAGCUGAGCUGAGCUGAAGUGAAUGUGCGCGUUUUGAAUUGGAGAGCUGAGAAGGGGAGGGAAAGGCUAGUUUUUGUUAUACCAAAUACCCAUUUUUUGUCUUCGUCUGGCCUUCUCGGGGAUAGCUUUUGGUUUGAUAGCAAGCUGCUGUCCACUCCCUCU